AUGUCGAUCUUUAAGACUGCUCUCCGUGGUUAUUCUACUACGCAAGGACUGCUUCCAACAACGAUAAAGUCGCUGUACAAGCAGAUUUCCAACCCUCCGCAAACAGUUGAUCAGAUUAAUGGGUGGGUUAAAUCAGUCAGAUUGUUGAAAAAGGUUGGGUUUAUCGAUUUGCAGGAUGGUAGUUGCCUUAACGCUUUGAAAGUCGUCGUGCCAAUUACUCAAUUGGAGGAGACAGAGUUUUUAAAGAGUUUAAAGACAGGUCAAAGUGUGUCGGUUACAGGAGCUCUUUGGAAUAACACACCGCAAAGGGAACAACCUUUUGAAUUGAAGAUCGCUGAUCCUUUGAACACGUUAUCAGUCACGGGGGAUGUGUCCAAUUCAUAUCCUCUGCAGAAGAAAGCUCACUCGAUACCAUUUCUACGGUCACUACCCACUUUGAAACAUAGAACCACGUAUUUGGGCUCUCUUCUACGGUUUAGAUCUGCUAUCGAGCAUGCUAUAUCAGAAACACUUGAAUCUGAUCAGUUCAUUAAAGUUGCUCCUCCAAUCCUGACCUCCAGUGAUUGCGAAGGUGCCGGAGAAUUGUUCAAAGUGGCAAGCACAAGCGGUGAUGGAUACUUUGGAAAACCCACUUUCCUCACUGUCUCGGCACAAUUGCACUUGGAAAUCAUGGCAUUGGCAUUAUCACGAUGCUACUCGUUGAUUCCAUGCUUUAGAGCAGAGAAAAGUGAUACAAACCGUCAUCUAAGCGAAUUCUGGAUGCUGGAACUCGAGAUGUGCUUCAUCGAUGAUGUUCACAAACUUACAACCUUCGUUGAGUCGAUGUUGAGAAGAGUUGUUAAGUCGUGUUAUGACCGAAUUGACGAACUCAUUCCACAAGUUGAUUUCAGAGAUUCUCUUUCGAAAGAAGAAAUAAUAGAAAGAUGGAACUUACUUCUAAGCCCCAAACCAUGGGCUAACAUUACUUAUACAGACGCCAUCGAAAUCCUGAUCGAAAAGCAUAAGAAGGAGCCUUUUCCAAAGUACGAACCAAUUUGGGGAGAAUCUCUACAGACUGAGCAUGAAAAAUGGCUAGCGGAUAAGUACUUCAACUCUCCAGUCUUUGUCACCGAUUACCCUAGGGACUGCAAGGCAUUUUACAUGAAGCUAAACACAGAUUCUCCAGCUGGAAGAGAAACGGUUGCUUGCUUUGAUCUACUUUUCCCGGACAUGGGCGAGGUUGUUGGAGGAAGUAUAAGAGAAGAUAGUUACCAAUUGAUAUUUGAUGAGGUGGAGAGAAGAAACAUGAAUAGAUCGGGAGAACUUGACUGGUAUCUUUCUUUAAGGAAAGAAGGUACUGUUUCUCAUGGCGGUUUUGGUUUAGGACUGGAACGGUUUGUCUCUUACCUAUACGGCAAUCAUAACAUCAGAGACGCCAUUCCCUUCCAUAGAAGUGCAUCAGGGAAUAUUAACCUCUGA